AUGUCCCAAAUCCCCGAGGCCUUCCCCUUCAACCUUUCCGACUUCAAGAAGGUCAAGCUCGACGCAUCGAGCAAGACGCUCAGCGCCGAGCAGAAGGCUGCCCUUCAGGCAAACAUCCAGCUCCUGCGCGAUGUCAUCGUCUGCUUCACCGCAACAGGUGCUGCACGCGGCGUCAGCGGCCACACUGGUGGUGCCUACGACACCAUUCCUGAGGUCGCAAUCAUGCUUGGUCUGAUUGAGGGCUCAGAUAAAUUCUUCCCCACCCUCUUCGAUGAGGCUGGUCACCGUGUUGCUACGCAAUACCUUCUCUCUGCGCUCGAGGGUGCGAUCCCCGCAGAGCACCUCCUCCAGUACCGCGCUGCCAACUCUAAGCUCCCCGGUCACCCCGAACUUGGUCUCACUCCCGGCGUCAAGUUCUCGUCUGGUCGUCUUGGUCACAUGUGGCCCUUGGUCAACGGUGUCGCGAUGGCUAACCGUGACAAGACUGUCUUCUUGCUUGGCUCGGACGGCUCUCAGCAGGAGGGUAACGACGCCGAGGCUGCCCGUCUCGCCGUCGCGCAGGGCUUGAACGUCAAGCUCUUCAUUGAUGACAACGACGUCACCAUUGCCGGCCACCCGUCUGAGUACCUCGGCGGUUACGAGGUCGGCAAGACCCUCACCGGCCACGGUCUCAAGGUCGUUACCGUCGACGGCGAGAACCUCGAUGCGCUGUGGGGCGCCUUCCACGAGGUUAUCAGCUACAGCGGCCCGGCCGCCGUUGUCUCUAAGCGCAAGAUGGCCCCCGGUGUUCCCAGCAUCGAGGGCAGCCCGCACGGUCACGAUGUGAUUCCCGUCAAGGGCGCUCUUGAGUACUUCAAGCACCGCGGCAUCCCGCAGGAGAAGUACGACGCCAUCCAGCGCAUCUACGACUCUAUCCGGCCCGGCCAGGUCCCGUACCUCCACAUUGGCUCCACCAAGGAGGUCGGCGCCAACCGUGUCGUCUUCGGUGAGGCCGUCAACCUCGUUCUCGAUGGUCUCUCCAAGGAGGAGGCCGCCGCGAAGGUCAUGGUCAUCGACUCUGACCUCGAGGGUUCCACUGGCCUCAAGGCCAUCCACCAGAAGCACCCUGAAGUCUUCGUCCCGUCCGGCAUCAUGGAGCGUGGCAACUACUCCGCUGCUGCUGGUUUCGGGUUCGAGGCGGGCAAGUUCGGUGUCUUCUCGACGUUCUCUGCUUUCCUCGAGAUGGUUAUCUCCGAAAUCACGAUGGCGCGCCUGAACAACUGCAACGUCCUCUCGCACUUCUCGCACUCCGGUGUUGAUGAGAUGGCCGACAACACCUGCCAUUUCGGUAUCAACUCGUUCUUCGCGGACAACUCCCUCGCGGACCUCCAGUCGUACCUGUACUUCCCCGCCGAUGCCGCACAGAUGAUCGCUGUCGUGAAGAAGGUCUUCUUCCAGCCCGGCGUCCGCUUCGUGUUCUCCACGCGUUCGAAGGUACCCUACAUUCUCAAGGAGGGCACCGACAAGCGCUUCUUCGAGGACGACUACGAGUUCGUGCCCGGAAAGGAUGAGGUCAUCGUCGAGGGUAAGGCUGGCUACGUCGUCUCGUACGGGGACAUGCUUUACCGCUCGUACGACGCCGUCCUCCGCUGCCGCCAGGAGGGUCUUGACGUCGGUCUCAUCAACAAGCCCACGCUCAACAUCGUCGACGAGCAGACGACCAUGAAGAUUGGCCAGAGCCCCUUCGUUCUCGUCGUUGAGUCGAUGAACCAGAAGACGUCGCUCGGCUCCAAGUACGGCACUUGGCUCCUCGAGCGCGGCCUUACGCCCAAGUACGGCUACAUGGGCACGAACAAGGAGGGCUGCGGUGGUCUCCAGGAGCAGAUCCCCCACCAGGGUCUUGACCCGCAGUCGAUCAUCGUCAAGAUCAAGACGCUCUCGCACUCCACGAACCUCUAA